AUGAUGACAGAUCAUUUAGGUGUAACUUAUAUUAAAAAUGCAUUAAAAAAUGCGCGAGAAUCGAUUAAUGCCAAGAAAUAUGAAGAGGCAAUAAAGCAUUGUGAAAAAGUUAUACAAUUUGAAGCUGAUAAUUAUAAUGCAUAUGUGUUUCUUGGAAUUUCAUAUUUAAAUUUGCAACGAAUUGAUGAAAGCAAACAAGCUUAUCUUCGUGCUGUUGAAAUAAAUACAUCACAACCUCUUGCUUGGCAGGGCCUUGCAAAUUUUUAUGAAAAACAAGAGGAUUGGACGAAUCUGGGUGAAGUCUGGGUCCAAUUAUUGAAAAUUUAUAAUGAAAGUAAUGAUGGGCAGAAAAUUUUAGAUAUUAUUAAUAAACUUGUUGAUUUGUAUACGAAUAGAGUAAAAGACAGAAGAUCGUUAGUAGCAGCUCUAAAAUAUUAUUUACCAUCGAGCCCCUAUUAUGAAAAUGUUCGAAACCUUAAUAAUUUACCAUCACAAACACAAAUAUUACUACAAAUAAUCGAAUUAUUGGAAAAAGAAGAAAUAGAAAGCAUUCGUCACGAGAUUGAAACUAGGAGGAAAAGACUUGAUGCUGGUCCUCAGGCUAUUAUUAAAGCUCAGGUUGAAAGUGAGGUGUAUAGCAAUUCAGAAUUGGAUCAAUAUUAUGACUCUUUAUUGGAAAUCGCGGAUAAUUCAAAUAUUCCCGGAAUAAAUAUCGCAGAUUUGUCGGUCAAAUAUGUUGAACAUCUCAGAAAGAAACUUGUUUCAAUCUCUUCCGAAAAUAAACAAGCUUUGAGAGAAAAGCUCUUUAAGUUAACUCAACGGCUUGUUGAACAAGAUACAACUUCAUCUAUACCUUAUGAAAUACUUAUUGAAAGCACCAAUGCUGGUUCCGCAGAUGAGUAUGAUAUUAAUCUGUUGGAACAAUAUUCUGAAAAGUUUCCGGAUACUGAAUUGUCCAAAAUAAUUCGAGUAUAUUUCAAAUCUAAACAAGAUGACGACGAUACCGAGGCUAACGAAUUAUUAAAUGAUGAGUUUGAAAAUUCAAAUAGUAUAUUUGGUAGUAUUGUAUUGAGCUGGUUAAAUCAUGAUCUCAAAGAUUAUGAAUUAGCUCUAGAAUAUGCAAGUAAUGGUCGUAAAAUGGUGAUUCAGUAUAGCAAAAGCAUGGGAUAUACAUUAGAUAGAGUUUUGCAAUCUUUAGAAUUGUGUAUGGCAAAUUGUUAUCUUAAUAUUGAUGUCAAGUACCAUACGGAUGCGUUACAGCUUUAUCAAAAAAUUUUAAAUAAGGAUCCAAAAAAUAUCCAUGCUCUUCAGGGUGUUGGAAUGAUAUUGUCAGCACAAAAGCAAUUCGAAAAAUCCAUUGAAAUAUUUGAAAAUAUACUACAACUUGACUCAGAAAAUUAUAUAGCUAAAAGUGAAAUAGGAUGGAUCCAUUUUUUAACAGAUAACUAUGAAGAAGCCACCAAAUUAACUUUGGAUGCUAUUGACAUGUACGAUGGAAGUGCACUUUGUUUCUAUCGUUUAGGCAGAAUAUAUUGGGCUAUGGGAGAUCAAUACCGUAAAGACAAGAACCACGCAUAUGCGCAGUUCAUUCAGUCUGUAAAGCUUGAUCCACACUUUGAAAAAUCGUUUACAUGCCUCGGACAUUAUUAUCGAACUAUCGAGAAUGAUCAUGUGCGCGCAAAAAAAUGCUAUCAAAAAGCAUUUUCGAUUGAUGCUCGUGAUGAGGAAGCAGGGUCAGAAUUAAGUGAAUAUUUCCAAUCGGAAGGUGAAGAAAAUAUUGCAGAGGGUAUAUAUCGUACUGUAAUUAAAGCAAAUUGUAAGGCUGGAUGGGCGUGGAAGCGACUAGGGUUUGCAGAGUUGGCCAAAGGAAAUUAUUUAGAAGCAAUAACAGAUUUCCAGACCGCUUUGAGAACUGAUGCCAAGGAUAUCCGUUGCUGGGAAGGCCUUGCAGAAGCUUAUCGUCGUGAAGGUCGAUAUACGGCAUCAAUGAAAGCUUUUUUACGCGCAACAGAGUUGGAUCCUUCAUCAGUAUAUGCACAUUAUCAGAUUGCUACAAUAAAGCAAAAAUUGGGCAUGUAUAAUGAUGCAAUCAUCCAAUACAACUUGACUCUCGAAAAAGCGGAAUCUAAAGGUGAACAUAAUCACAUGCCGUCGUUAGAGGGUCUUGGGGAUUGCUAUUUAUCUUUAUCCAAGGAAUAUUUUCACACCGGAUUUUACGGUUGUGCAGCUGAAUCAUUAGGUCUUGGUAUCACAGUAAUGGCACGUGCUAUAGAGACAAACAGUAAAUAUCAGUGUUUCUGGAAAUUAAUCGGUGAUUUUUGCAUCAUCUCAACAUCAUUGCCGAAUUAUUUACACUUGAUACCCUUGGCUCUGAUUAAAAGUCUUAUCGGAAUUGCCAAACAAUUGGAUGUAGAUGCUAAAUUACAUCUUCCUAAAGACAUUGAUAAUAUUGAGUUUAUUCUAGAUUCUGAUGAAGUCAGUUUAAUAAAUUCUGAUAGGCUUCGAAUCAUUUUAAUUUGUGGCUGUCUUUCAUACAAAUACGCCAUAAUAUUAAGUAGAAAUCGACCUGAUACUGCUCCUGCAUUGUGGUAUGAUCUGGGUGUGGCCUAUUAUAAGUCGUAUGAACAUUGUUCUAAAAAUAUUGGAGAAAAUAUAGAUAAUAAUAUCCACGAAACAUCAGCAGCAAAUUAUUUGAGUGUUGGAAUUAGGUGUAUUAAGAUAGCAUUGAAAUUUGAACCAACGAAUUUCCAAUUUUGGAAUUCGCUUGGCAUCAUGACUCUUUUGGCAGACACCAAAAUUAGCCAACACGCGUUCAUUAAGGCAAUUGAAUAUUCUCCAAAAAGCCCCGUUCCGUGGACAAAUCUCGGGCUCCUAUAUUUAUUACAUUCCGAUUUAGACCUUGCCAAUCAAGCAUUUUCAACGGCUCAAUCCCUUGAUCCGGAUUAUGCACCAGCAUGGGUUGGACAAGCUUAUGUCGCAAAUCUAUGGGGAAGUAAUGAGGCUGCUGAAUUGUUUGAACAUGCUUAUGAAAUUAGUGGUGGUGGUCAUUCGGCAUGUUAUCAGUUUCAUCUCGAAGCGGAUUAUGGUUUUGCAUAUCAGGCAUUUACACGCUACAAAAAUUCACCAUCAAUACAAAAAUCUUUGUUAAUGUCACCCACUUUUGCAUUACAAAAACUUUCAGAACAAAGACCGGAUGAUGCAGCAUCAUUAAAUCUAUUAGGCUUAUUACUUGAACGGCUUAAUCGACCAGAUAAAGCUGUUGAUGCAUUCACUGAUGUGAUCGUUGCAAUUAAAAAAUCAAUUCAAAAGGAACAGCAGUCAGCAACAUUACAUAAAGAUUCGCAGGAAGAAUCACUAUCAAACCUAACAUUAUUAUUUCGAAGGCUUGCAUACGCACAUGGAAAUCUUGGGAGAGUACUUUGUGCAACACGUAAUUUCUCUGAUUCAAUCACGGCAUAUACGGAAGCUUUGAAAUUAAUUGAGCAACUAGAGAAUGGUUCAUCAGCUUCAAUUAUAUCGUUUAGAAUAUAUACAAUGUUAGGAGCGGGACUUGCUUAUUAUUUUAACGAUGAAUUAGAAAAUUCUCUUCAAAUGUUUGAAUCUGCUCUCAAUGAAGCUGAUGACCCUGAACAGGAAUCAAGCGUUGCAGAAGUUAAGAAAGAUGUAGUUGUUUUAGUAUCGCAAGUACUUUGGGCAUUGGGUGCUGUCGAGCAUAAAAACUUGGCAAAAGAAGAAUUGUUUAGAUGUAUUUCACAAAAUCCACAACAUCUUCCUGCUAUAUUUGGUCUGUGUGCUAUAGGGCUAUUGCAAGAUAACGAUACUCUAGCUGCUGCUGCAUUAAAAGAGAUGGUUAAAUUACCUAUUAAAGUUGUUGAUAAAUUGGACAAAGGACGUGACAUAGAUUUCUUGCAUAGUAGUUACUUCUUGCUAAAGGAUUCACCCGAAGAAGCUACACAAUUUCUUUCUAAAUCAAUUCUCCUUAGACCUCAUGAACUAAUCAAUUGGACAUGCUUAUCAAAUCAUCUUAUAUCUCUUUCGAUACCAUUUACUUCUACUUCAAUAGCUGGUUCCGCAAUGGAAUUAAUAUCAAACCCGUUGUCAUCCUUAUCUAGACAAUUGUCAACUAAAGAAAAAGCAAAGGUAUAUCAAAACUAUGCUUCGUCUUUGUUGAUUUCUAGGCAAGCUUUAAAGCAAGACUUAGUUAUAACGGGAAAAGAUGUAAAAAAUAGCGUUGUAAUUAAAGAUCCAUUUGAUGAUAAUGAGGAUGAUGGCUCCAAAGAUAGAAAAAGCAAAGAAGGCAAUAAGGAUAAAACGGGAAUCCAUAAAGAUUUAAAAGUUAAAUAUGAAAAACUUGGGUUAGAAGCAUUAGAAAUUGCUCAACGAGCUGUCAGAAUUGCACCAUGGGAUUUGGUUGGAUGGUCUUUACUUGCCAUGGCUUAUAAAGAGAGUGUAUAA